AUGGCGUCUGCUGCAGAAGAUUCUCCCCUGUUACCCAACCAGCAUAACCCGGCGUCCCCGCGGGCGAAUCGGACGUUGCGGUCGGUGACAUUCAACCCUCUGACGCAAAUCAGCACGUAUGGCGGCACCUCUUCCGAUCCCACCUUUCGUCCAUUGCACACCGGCUCUUCUCCCGUUCAAAAUAUCAAUGCCCAAGGUGGCUCGCCUCGGCCUGCCAGUCAGCCUAUGCUGUCAGCUUUGAACAGCAAACUUCGUCGCCGCAAUAGCCAUGGGGCUCCCUACAGCACACCGCCGAACACGGCCGCCGCUUCGAAGAUUGGACCACAGCGUACGACCAAGAAAGCACAGAAGUUGAAGUUGCUUCCGGAUCCUGUGACAGCCGAAGAAGAAGAAAGUGAUGGAGACUUCCCUCGCGAUGUCUAUUCGCAAAUCACCCGUAUCAAAGAGCCCGCUGCGCGAAGCCAUGCCGCCCGACUGGGUAAGGCCGACCGAGACCGCAUUCCUCGGGUGACUGCGUACUGCACGGCCAAUUCCUAUCGCCUCGAAGGGGUGAUCAAAUUCCUCAAAUCCCGGGCCAAAACCCGUGGCGCCAAUCCCAAGCUAUACGAUGAGUGCGUCUACUCAGGCUUCGACUAUCAAUACGAAGAGAAGCAAAAAGGGAGAGCCUUUCCUCCCCCUGCCAACAACGGGCAUCAUGAACGGCGAACCAGCGAGCGCAGGUAUUCGGAUAGUGUUGUUGAGGUGGAGGACAACACGAAGACCAGACGGGAAGAUCUCAUUGAUUUCCGCGAAGAGGCUGCUGGCCUUGGCGACAGUACAGAACAUGCAAUUGCCGCACCGCAGACAGAGGAACAUCAGUAUGAUAUUGACACGAAAAUUCAUAUGCCAGAGGUCUUCUUGUUUGACUACGGAACCGUUGUGAUAUGGGGCAUGUCGCCUGCACAAGAAUCACGUUUCUUGUCCGACAUAUCCAAAUUUGCGACCUCCAUAUUGAGUCCGGAUGAUACACAAGUUGAGAAUUUCAACUUCUAUUAUGCGCGCGAAUACCAGGCUCGGAUAUACAACGACUUCAUCUCGCUUCGCGAGCCCCGCAACCACAUGAUCAAGUUGGCAAUCUCACAUGCCCUGGCCCAAUCAGUCAAGACCUCGCUCUUUGAGGACCUGCUAUCCGAAACCAUCACAGACACAGCCCCAUUACCAGCUCAGAUUGCCCAGACGGGUAGUGUCAAUUUGACGCGGAAGCAAAUCAACAUGCAGAUCGGAGAACUAUUUAUCUUGCGUAUCAACAUCCAUCUGCAAGGGUCUGUCUUGGAUAGUCCAGAGCUCUUCUGGGCUGAGCCUCAGCUGGAGCCUGUGUACCAGGCCGUGAGAAGUUAUCUGGAGAUGGACCAGCGAGUUAGUCUACUGACAGAACGAUUGGACGUCAUUGCCGACCUUCUUGCUGUGUUGAAGGAUCAGUUGACGCACCGCCACGGUGAAUAUCUUGAGUGGAUUGUUAUCGUUUUAAUUGCUGCUGAGAUUCUUGUCGCGGCUAUCAAUAUCGUUGUUGAUCUUUACGCCGGCGUCGAUUAA